CACACUUCACCCGCUGCUGACCACUAGACAUCAUGGCUUGCAAGGCACUCAUCUUAGCGUCAGUGCUGUCACUGGCCCACGCCGGCUACCUGGGAGCUCCUGCAGUCCUCGCGCCAGCCGCACCCAUUGCUAGGGCUUACGCCCCAGCUAUCGCCGCCGCCCCCAUUGCCAGGGCGUACGCCCCCGCAAUUGCUGCCGCUCCCAUCGCCAGAGCAUACGCCCCAGCCAUCGCUGCUGCCCCCAUCGCCAGGGCCUACGCCCCAGCCAUCGCUGCUGCCCCCGCCAUCCGCGCCGCCCCUGUGGCGGUCGCCGCCGCCGCCCCCGCCGCAGUAGCUGCCGAGUACGACCCGCACCCAGAGUACAGCUUCGCCUACAGUGUCAACGAUGCUCUGACUGGUGACUCCAAGACGCAGCACGAGAGCCGCAGCGGAGACGUCGUCCAGGGCAGCUACAGUCUCGCCGAGCCCGACGGCUCCAUCCGCACCGUCGACUACACCGCCGACCCCGUGAACGGCUUCAACGCCGUGGUGCACAAGGAGGCAGGUGCCCAUCCCGCUGUUGCCGCCGCCCCCGCUCCCGUGGCCGUCGCCCACGCCCCCGUGGCCGUCGCCGCUGCCCCAGCGUACGCUGCCGCCCCCGCCAUCGCCGCCGCGCCAGCGCUGGCGUACGGUGCCGGCCUCGGCUACGGUUACGCGAGGGCGGCAUACGCUGCCCCCGCGAUAGCCGCCGCCCCCAUCGCUAGGGCAGCCUACGCCGCCCCCAUCGCCAGGGCUGCCAUCGCUGCUCCCGCCCUCUCCUAUGGAGGUUACGGAUACGGCGGGCUGGGAUACACGAAAGCUAUUCUUGGGAUAGCGAACGCGAGGACGUCGCUAUAUAAGCUGGGAGCCCGGCCGUCCGGAGCAUACGGCAACCAACCACCCACUGACGACAUGGCUUCAAAGGUUAUCAUUUUCGUGGCGACACUGUCGCUGGCCAACGCUGGAUACCUGGGCGCUCCGGCAGUACUCGCUCCAGCAGCCCCCAUCGCCAGGGCGUACGCCCCCGCCAUAGCUGCCGCCCCCAUUGCUGCUACCCCCAUCGCCAGGGCAUACGCCCCCGCCAUCGCUGCCGCCCCCAUUGUUGCUGCUCCCAUCGCCAGGGCCUAUGCUCCAGCUAUUGCCGCCGCUCCAGCCGCGGUCGCCGCGGAGUACGACCCACACCCCGAGUACAGCUUCAGCUACAGCGUAAACGACGCCAUCACUGGAGACUCCAAGGCCCAGCACGAGACCCGCAGCGGUGACGUGGUCCAGGGCAGCUACAGCCUGGCCGAACCCGACGGUUCCAUCCGCACCGUCGACUACACGGCUGACCCCGUCAACGGUUUCAACGCCGUCGUGCACAAGGAAGCCGGCGCCCACCCUGCCGUGGCCGCCGCUCCUGCCCCCGUGGCGCUUGCCGCCCCCGCCAUUGCCGCCGCCCCCGCUAUCGCCGCCGCCCCCGCCCUGGCCUACGGUGCCGGACUUGGCUACGGCUACGCCGCGGCCGCUCCCAUCGCUGCGGCGGCCAUUGCUUCACCCGCCAUUGCUGCAGCCCCCAUAGCCAGGGCAGCUAUUGCUGCGCCAGCUCUCGCCUACGGUGGAUACGGCUAUGGCAGUCUGGGAUACACUAAAGCCAUAUUUGGCUAAACUGCACCUCACCACAUUUGCGCCGAAUAAUUCAUGAAAGUUUCCAUUGAUCGUAUGCCCAUUCAUACAUGUAAA